UCUACUCGAGGGGCUAAUUUCCCCCAACCUGGAGAAUUUCUAAAGGAGAGGGACUAAAUAGUCUUACUAUUCGCCCCUGAUGGUUGUAGGUUACCAUGUCGCGGCGCAAGCAAUCCAAACCACAGCAUAUCAAUUCAGACGAGCCCGCUUCGACAGAAAAUGGGAUCUUGCACAACGGUCAAGGUGAGGAGGAUGGCAACGAGGCUAAGAGACGACGAUCAGAGGAGACGAGGGUUUGCGACAAAUGUUGCGCCGAGUUCUUCGAUGAGGCAGAGUUUCUUGAACACGAGAGAAAUUGCACUAAGAGUCAGCAGGUCGUGAUUAUGAAAGAUGGUGACGGGAGUGAAGUGCCCCCUGAGUUCUCCCAGCAUUCUCCGGGUGAUUUCCUCGGUGAUCAUGGUGAUCAGUCUAGCAGUCAUUCGCUUUCAAAGAGUGCAGAGUCUGAGGAGAUGGAAGGAGAGCUCAUGCUGAACCAGGAGGACCCCUCAAAUCAUGAUCAAGAUGUGUCUGGUAGUUCAGACAUGGGGUACAUGGUAUCUUCCAAAUUGCAAGACUCUAAUGUGACUCUUGAGUCCAUGGCUGCUACUAAAGUUGCUGUAACCCAACACUCAUCCAGUUCGUCCAGUCAGAAGUCUCCACCCCCGCAACCCCACCAAGACGCCCUUAUCGCAAUCCCCAUGAUCCUGGAACAGCUGGUCAGCCUCCAGCAGCAACAAUUGCAGCAGAUUCAGCUAACUGAGCAGAUACGCAUCCAAGUGGCCAUGAUGACACCUCAGAGUUUCCACUCCGCGUUGGGUGCCGCUGUGGAUCCGCUGAAAGCACUGGGUGCGCAUCUAUCGCAGCAGCUUUCGGCGGCAGCCGCCCUCAUUGGCAAACGGACCGGUUCCCAGAACUUAUCCUUGGAAGCCUUAAAACAAGCCAAGCUACCUCAAUCCACCACCAUUCCCACAUCCCUCGCUGGAGGUUUGGGCUCGGUACCCUUAAAAGCAGACUUGAAAGGACUCCCCGAUUUAGCUAGCCGGCUUCCAGCGCUGCUUCCUCAGUCUCCAGGGGUUAUGGGAUUACAAAGUCCCUUUAAUACCCUUGCAGCAAGCAUGGAUUCUUCUAAAAAGGCAAAAAGUAAAAUCCCUGCCAUGUCGGAGCCCAAAAAUGUCUCUGGUGAACAUAUGUUCAAGCACAAAUGCAAGUUCUGCGGGAAGACGUUUGGAAAUGACAGCGCUCUCCAAAUCCACUUGCGCUCACACACUGGCGAAAGGCCCUAUAAGUGUAACAUCUGUGGAAACCGUUUCACAACCAAAGGAAACCUCAAAGUGCAUUUCCAGAGGCACAAAGAAAAAUACCCACACAUUAAGAUGAAUCCUCAUCCCGUGCCGGAACACCUGGACAACAUGCCGACAAACAACGGCAUCCCCUACGGGAUGUCUCUGCCUAUGGAGGAGAACGGUUUUGCUGACACGAAACCAGUGCUGGGGCUUCCCUCGACAGGUCUCCAUCCGCCAGUGCUCCAAGGAUUCAAGCCCUCGUAUGAUGUUCCGGUAGGUGGGGACCUCUACUCCCAGAGGCCUUCUUCAUCUGGCAGCGACGGUGCAUCUAUUUCUUCCGGCAUGUUCGGUCAGGAGAUGACAGGACUGGAUCAGAGCAAAGAUUCCUCUGAGGCUCUGGCUGGAUUGCACCACAUAAACGGCAACGGUCUACCUGGUGAAAAUGGCUCUGGUACUGCAAAGCUUCAGCAGAUGGUGGAUGGCUUGGAAAAGAAGACCAACGACCCCAAUGAAUGUGUUAUUUGCCAUAGAGUGCUGAGCUGCCAAAGUUCCCUCAAAAUGCAUUACCGCACACACACCGGUGAGCGACCGUACAAAUGCAAAAUCUGUGGCAGGGCUUUCUCCACCAAGGGCAACCUCAAAGCUCACUAUGGCGUUCACAGGGCCAACACUCCUCUUAAGAUGCAACACUCAUGCCCGAUUUGUCAUAAGAAGUUCACCAAUGCAGUCGUCCUCCAGCAGCAUAUUCGUAUGCAUAUGGGCGGCCAGAUUCCCAACACCCCUCUGCCAGAGAAUCAAUUUGAGAGUCCUGAAGCACUGGAUGCUAGCAUGACUGAGGACAAGAACAUCGACUCCACUGGGCAUGAAGAGAGCAUGGAAGAGCAAGACUUGGAUUUGGACAAUCAGGACAAGCUGAACAACUCUACAGAGUUCCAGCCUGCUGCCAAGGAAGAUCAGGCUUUCCAAGGUCCACCAUCUAUGUUUACAGGCAUUGCUGCCCUGGAGAACCACAUGAAGAGCCUCACCUCUGCACUGAACCUGCAACGACAAAGCAGCACUGCUUCUGAGAGCGAUAGCGGGCUCAAAGAUUCUCCUUUGGGGUCUGGAGAAAUGGAUUACAAGAACGGACGCAGUCCGGCUGUUUCAGACUCUGUGUCUUUUCACUCUUCAUCCCCUAUCGAUGGUCCCUUGAGUAAUGGACAAUCAAAAUCACCAGAAUCCACAAACCCAGAUGAUGGACUUAAAUCCAGACCAGACUCUGACGCGCCUCAAGAUUUUAGCGAAAACAGUGGAGCACUGGACUUGACAUCAAGUUUUACUCCGAAGCCCAUCAAAGAGGAGCCAGGCUUGUCCUUCCCCAGUGGCGAAUUUGGUUCUAGUCAGUUAUCAUUCAUGAGGGUGCCUCCAAGUCUGGUCAAACUGGAGAUGCAGAUUCCUCCUGAGACUCCCAUGGGUGCCCAUGGCCUCUACAGCUCUCAACUGCCCCAAGGAGCUGCCACUCCUCCUGCAACUUCUAGUGCUCCUCGUCGCUCCACCAAGCAACAUCUCUGCAAUGCCUGUGGGAAGAACUUCUCAUCUGCAAGUGCUCUGCAGAUCCACGAACGUACACACACGGGCGAGAAGCCAUUCGCUUGCACGAUCUGUGGCAGGGCUUUCACAACAAAGGGAAACCUUAAGGUGCAUGUUGGGACCCACAUGUGGAAUAACACAGCAAGGCGAGGCCAACGACUAUCGUUGGAUAACCCAAUGGCUUUGAUGGCCAUGGGCACUGAGCCCAAGAUGAAUCCAGACAUGCUGCCGCCCCCAAAGGAUUUGAUUCCCCCACCGAUUAAUUUCGAUCCGUCGAUGUGGAACCAGUACGCCGCUGCCUUCACGAACGGGCUGACUAUGAAGACCAAUGAGAUUUCGGUCAUCCAAAAUGGCGGCAUCCCUCUCCCAGGAAGCCUCGCUGGAGGUCCUUUAGUAGGCUCUACUGGGGGAAUAACCAAGAUGGAGACCUCUCAGAUGGGCAUCCCUGGCACAAUUGCAGAAAUGGAAAAGAACGGCUCUGACAGCAUAGCAAAGUUUCCACAUUUUAUGGAGGAGGGUAAAGUGAAUUAGUAAGUAAAAGGACUACAGAUAGACAUUCCCAAUCAACGGUCUGCCUUGUGCUGAUUGGCUUAUGAGCCUGCUGAAAUGUCAGGAACUGAGCUAUUUAUUAAGUCUUUAGUUGGUACAAUCAAUUGCUUUUAAGAAGUUGCAAAUUUACAAACCCUUGUUAAAUGAGCCUGCACCCUAAAAUGGGCCAUGCCUUCCCCUACAUGCUAUCGAUUUACUUCUAGUUGAAUCUGAUCUAACUACUGUAGUUUUUCCUUUUCUUUCUCUCUCUAAUAUAUGCGGGUAUUUUGUCAGUUUUGUUUCUAGAAGUUGAAUGUAAGUCUUACUUGAAAUAGCUUUAUUCCAGAGCAGUCUCAUUAGUGAUAGGACACUCUUUUUGUGAGCUCUAUGACCCUCAGGACACGAGAUCUCAAUGUUUUAACAGUUAACACCUUGUUCAUCUCUGCUUGGCUACUCAUGGUCCUGUUGUUCGUUGUGUUCCAUUAAAGUUCACUAGUCACAAAUAACAUGCAUAGGUGUUUGUGGAAUAUGUGCCUAGAUAAAUUGACCAUUCCACACAAUCUACUGACGAUUACGGUUUCAUCGAUGGACAUGAUGAGUAGUUAUAGGUUUAUUUUGAAACUGGAUUUCACUAAGUUAUUAAAAGUUUUUGACCUGAUAUAGUUUCUAUUUGCGCUUAAUACCAAAAAUGAUUUAGCUAAGUGCCUGUCU